AUUCCUCACUAUCGUUAGCUUGAUAGCUCGUCUGGGAGGAGUGACUCGUUGACUGCGGCGACCGCAAUUUCGGCAACAUGGGAGCCGUUGUUGGAUUUAUUCUAAAGGGAUUUUAAAGAACCGAAAGGGAAAAUGGCAGAGAGGUUGGAGUGGGUGGAGAUCAUCGAGCCGCGCACGCGGGAGCGCAUGUACGCCAACCUGCUGACGGGCGAGUGCGUGUGGGACCCCCCGCAGGGCGUCUGCAUCAAGAGGACCGGCGACAACCAGUGGUGGGAGCUGUUUGACCCCAACACCUCGCGCUUCUACUACUACAACGCCUCCACCCAGCGCACCGUGUGGCACCGGCCCCAGGCCUGCGACAUCAUCCCACUGGCCAAGCUGCAGACGCUGAAGCAGCACACGGACACCACCGACCCCCGUCCCGCGGGCGGAGGAGGGGGCGGGAGGGCGUCGGCGGAGAACAGCCCGGGACGCAACAGCGGGGUGAGCCGCGAGGGGAGCACCUCCUCCUCCCUGGACCAGGAGCUCUCUGAGAAACAGGGAGGCAGGGACGAGGCGGACAGAACUUCUCCCUUCAGGUGGAACACAGGUACCAAGGAGCGAAUGCUAAUCAAGGUGACGGACAGAGAGCCCAGCUUCUUGGCCCACCAGGGGAACGGUUAUUCCCCCUGCGACCCGCCCACACCCGGUCCUCCCUCUGGAGGGGGCACCACCUCACGCACCCGCCGUUCCUCGGGAGGAAAUCCGCCACCGGAACCCGAUGGCUCGCCCGUCCUCUACACCGACCGCCGCCAGUCCCCCUUCCUGAAGCGGGCCGAGCUGGGCGGCACAGGCACCCACCGCCGCUCCUCAGCCGACUCCCAGCCCCCCUCGCCGCGCUACGGCUAUGAACCGCCGCUGUAUGAGGAGCCGCCGUCAGAGUACCAGCCCCCUCCCAUCUACGAGGAACCGCCCACUGACAUGCACCUCUCCGACGCCUUCUACGGCACCGGCAAGUCACCUGCCCGCAAGUCUUCGGCCCCCCUCUACCACUCCCCCAAGCAGGCGCAGUCGCCCUACGGCCAGCUGGUUUUGACCCAUCAGAAGUGUCCAGAAAAGACCCAGAGUCUGGAGUACAGUCCUGUGGGGAAGGAGUACGUCAAGCAGCUAGUGUACGUUGAGCAAUCAUCUUCCAGCCCCCGCUUCAAGACCGCUGACCGCCUGCUGCGCUAUGGCACCACGGGGGGCUAUGGUGGCUCGUACGGGGGGUCAUAUACUCUGCAGCACAGCCAGUCUCUGAUCAGGGACCCCCGCCUACUGCUGGACUACAGUGGGGAGAGUGGAGAGGGAGGCCAGAGGUUGCUUUACGAGGACUCCAUCUCCUGGUCGUCCAGUCAGACCCACUCACUCUCUUCUUCCUCGACCGGCGGUCCUGGGGCUUUCUCCCCCGGAGGUAACCGCAAACGCAAGAGCCGCAAGCCGUCCCUCCCCCAGGAGCUGGCGCGCUGCGUGGGGCCGGAAGGGGAGCUGGCGGGCACGGCGUCCGAGGCGAUGCUGGCCCAGGCGAGGCUGGCGUGGGAGGCCCAGCAGGUGAUGAAACAGAGGAGCAGUUGGGACUCGGGGCAGGGCGGCGGGGUGGCGGCCCACGGCGGCAGCUGCAAAGACGGUUACGAGAGUGACGGGGCGCUGCCUCUGCCGUUGCCGGGGCCGGUGGUGAGGGCGUUCAGCGAGGACGAGGCGCUAGCGCAGAGCGACGGCCACCACUGGAAACGCAGCACCUUCGAUCGGCUGGGCUUCCCCCAGGCGCUCCUGGAGAAAAGCCUCUCCGUCCAGACCAGCCUGGCCUCCCCUGAGCCUUACCUCCACCCCUCACAGUCGGAGGACCUCGGAGCCUGCGCCCAGUUUGAGGCCAGCCGAAAUGCCAGGAACAUGAUGCCGAGCGCCAGCUGUGGCAUCUUCCCAGAGUUCACCCUGAGAAAGCCCUCCUCGGAGACGGACAUCGAGAACUGGGCGUCCAAGCACUUCAACAAACACACGCAGGGUCUGUUCAGACGGAAGGUGUCCAUCGCCAACAUGCUGGCCUGGAGCAGUGAGCCCAUCAAGAAGCCCAUGAUUGUGACCUCGGACCGCAGCGUGAAGAGGGAAGCGGUGGACAUCUUUAAGCUCAUUCAGACCUUCAUGGGCGACCGCCGCGCCAAGGUCGACUCCCUCGCCGUGGCUCUAGAGGUGGUGGUGCGCGGGUGGAGCAACCAGGGUCUCCGGGACGAGUUGUACAUCCAGCUGUGUCGCCAGACCACGGAGAACUUCCGCUACGACAGCCUGGAGCGAGGCUGGGAGCUGAUGGCCAUCUGCCUGGCCUUCUUCCCCCCGACGCCCCGCUUCCACACCUACCUGGAGGGCUACAUCUGCCGACACAUGGACCCUCUGAACGACACCAAGGGAGUGGCCAUUAGCAGCUAUGCUAAAUACUGCUACAGGAAACUGACAAAAGCUGCUCUGACUGGUGCCAAGAAGGGCCUGCAGAAGCCCUGCGUGGAGGAGAUCAAGCACGCCAGGAAUGCCAUCUUCAGUCCCUCCAUGUUUGGCUCCUCCCUGGAUGAGGUGAUGGCGCUCCAGAAGGAGCGCUACCCUGACAACCAGCUGCCCUGGGUGCAGACCCGCCUCUCCGAGGAGGUCCUAGGCCUCAAUGGAGACCAGACGGAAGGCAUCUUCAGGGUGCCAGGGGACAUUGAUGAAGUUAAUGCCCUGAAGCUGCAAGUGGAUCAAUGGAAAAUCCCCACAGGACUAGAAGACCCACACAUCCCAGCGUCUCUGCUGAAGCUCUGGUACAGAGAGCUGGAGGAGCCGCUGAUCCCUCAUGAGUUCUACGAGGAGUGCAUCAGUCACUAUGACAACCCGGAGGCCGCUGUCAACGUGGUGCUGGGCCUGCCGCACAUCAACAAACUGGUGCUCUGCUACCUCAUCCGCUUCCUCCAGGUGUUUGCCCAAUCUGCCAACGUGACCAUCACCAAGAUGGACGUCAACAACCUGGCCAUGGUCAUGGCCCCCAACUGUCUGCGCUGCCAGUCCGACGACCCCAGGGUGAUUUUCGAGAACACCCGCAAGGAGAUGUCCUUCAUCCGCGUGCUCAUCCAGCGGCUGGACACCAGCUUCAUGGACGGGAUCCUAUAGCCCCCCUCACACCCUCACACACACACACACACACACACACUGUCCAUACUUUAGCCUCCCCUACGCUCCCUUUAACCCCCUCCAUGACACUCCCCCAGCACAGGAAUACGUACACACAGGUUGCCGCUCGGUGAACACCUUUGCCUCUCCAACAUGUUUACUUUUCAGGAACAAAACUGCCUUGUUUGGAGUUUCACCACAGGACAUUUAGAGUCGAACCAGCUGUUUUCCUUUUCUAUUGCUGUCAAUGUAGUCCUUUAAUUGACAUUUACAUACACACAGUAUUGGAGUUCCAAGGUUUCCAGUACUGUGUGUGCCUUCACAUGCAUCAAUACAGUAUACACGUACAGAAUGAAGGACUUAGCAGGGAUCUCAUCAUUUCACUGUGUUUGUUGUCACCGGCACACUCAGAGCUCAGGACCUGAAGGGUCAUUUGAAAUCCCGCUUCUUUGUUUUCUAUGUACUGCUUGUGCUUUUGGUCUUCCCGGGCUUUAACACACGCAUUGGCACAAAGAACAUCAGCUCAUGCACACGUGUACAUUGGAGGUCUUGCCUUUCCGGGAUUCCACCUAACACGCCAUCACGAUGUCAGCGAGACGUAUGAUCUGUUCAUUCAAACAUAUAUUACACACAUGUUCCGACCACAGGUGUACACGUACUGUACACGGGCCAAGCGAUGCAUUCAGAGGGUUGGGCACCAGAUUUCCACAAGAUGUAAAACCUUGUUGCACCGUGCGGUCUGAGCGUGUCAGAUACCAGGCGCGAGGGGGAAGCCGCCUCCAUGUUUAAGGGGAUAAAGCUCUGUGGGCAACUCAGUCAUCGGAAAGGGGGAAUCCAAAUCUCUGCAGUUGGGUUUCAACUUCAAGGCUCCAACUCUUCCUCCAUGUUGAGUUGUUAGAGACUUUAGCAUGAACUGCGGUGAAAGUUUAAUUCAAGAUAUUAAGUAGGUUGUGUUCAAUUCAGAAAAGUCCAUCAUAGUCUAAUAUAAAAGUCUAAUUUAUAUUCUAUGGCCCUGAUCUUUGUUUUUGCUGAGUGCAAACGUUCAGUAGCUUAACACUAUGAAAUGUCAAUAGUACACGAUUUACCUGUAAUGUGGUACUUUUUGAAGCCCAUCAGGUGAGCAAAAGUCCCCACAAAGAGAAAAAAACACACUAGUUGGACACUUUAAUGCUGAGAGUUUUGAGUUCAAUUAAUAAUAACCAAAUUGAUUUUCUUUAUACCCACAGACUUUAAGUGGGAUUGUUUCACACCUGUAAUAACACCCAGCUGCAGUAAAGCCACGAAGCUCAUUGGCUCCCAACAGGAGGAGUUCAUAGACAUAUUCUCCACAAUAUUAGCGAAUAAGACUAUAAACUACCUCUCAUCAUAUAAAGAAUGAUUAUGAGCAGCAAGUGGGAAAAUAGUCUAAAAAUACUAAAACUGCUACUAGAUUUGAGUCGAUACCUCAUCCCUGGUAAAAGAAAAGUAUCAUCAAAGCCGUCUGUGGCAUCCAAAUAUUCUCAAUGAGUACAAUGAGUAAUUUAAUACUUGCUUACUUGUAGAUUAAAGCGUUACAAGGAAUCUGGCCAGCCUUGUUUAAAUGUGUAAAAGCUUCUAAUUUCCGUAUAAGACAACGAUUACACUUGUGUUCCGCAGAGUGAAGCCAAUGCUGAGAUUAAAACUUACAAACGUCUUUCUCUCUACUGACCACCAGGGGGCGACUCCUCUGGUCCUAUAGAAGUCUAUGAGAAAACAUUUGUACUUCUCUCCUGAUUUAUCCCCUCAGUGAACAUCAGUUAUUUCAGUGUUGAAUACUGUGCUGAAUAGUAACUGCUUUUGUUAUCUACAGCCAUGUAAUCUUCAGCAUUGAGUAAUCUUAAGGAAAUCUGGUCCUGCCUCCAUGAAGCAAAGAAAAAUCACUGAGGCCCCAAGCUUAACGUUCACACGCGACACAGCAUGCUCAUACUUCCUGAGAGGGAUUUGAGAAGUGCCAGAAAAGAAACCCAGGGGCCAUCCUGCCACCCCACCUGACCCCACAGCGUCCAGCACCCCCAGCGAGUCCUAACAGGCCUUUCUACUCACUAAUGGUUUGUGAAUGUGUCUACCCGCUUGUCCGCCUGUCAUCGCCGGCAAAACGUACCUGUCUCUUUGCAGCCAUUUAGUCUCCGUCUACAAGCAGGUACUGUUGUUUAAUGUAUUCAUUUGAGAUGUUUGCUGUAUUUAACAGAAAUUCAGUUUUUUUUAACCCAUUCUUCUUUUUAUAUGAUUUAAUUUAUUUGUAUUUAUUUGAGGAGAUUUCCUUAAUGCCUUCUCAAGAUAUUGUAUCAUAGGCUCUAGUGUGUUUGUGUGUGUUUUUUGUCAAAGUACGAGUGUGUGUACACGUAAGAUUGUAUGAUUGCGUGGAUGUGCGAACAACUGUGAUUUUCAAUUUGGGAGGGCACAUGCGUCUUGAUGUGUGAGUCUAGCAGUUUGAUUCAUUUGCGUUGGACAGUUGGGAAAUGCACCAUGGAGACGCACACAAACACACAAACACAAAAGAACUGACUUCCACCGUUGAUCUUCAGAUGACUCAGUCAUCUGAAGAUCAACGUCAAGAUCAAGAGAUUUGACUCAGGCGCACAGAGGCUUUUUUUCUGUCUUUGUGAAGAGUGUCGUGUGUGUGUGUGUGUGUGUGUGUGUGUGUGUGUGUGUGUGUGUGUGUGUGUGUGUGUGUGUGUGUGUGUGUGUGUGUGUGUGUGAAUGUGCAUCUCACUCACUCUAAAAUACACGACUCCAAAUAGAUAACAUGUACAUUGAUACUGUACAAACUAUGUAAAAUAGGUAUAUAGAGAAGAAAGAGAAGAAAAAGUACCAUAUAUAACAGUUGAAAUUGACAUGGAAGUUAUUGUAACAUACCCCCUCCCCUCCCAACUGCCAAGUCUUGUCAGUAUACAUUUUCAUCACAAUUGAAGAAGUUUAAAAGUGGCAAUUUACAACCAUCUUCAAACAGUCUGUCUGGAAACACAGGUUUCCACACAUAAUCAAUGCAACUGUCACAAAGUGUUUUAUGCCCCCAUAUUUCCGACUGUAUUAAUGAUUAAUACUUCAAAAGAAGUGAUUUGUAUUGAGGAAUCUACAGGACUAUUUCAAGGUCAGGACACACCGGAAAUUGCAGAGGAAGAUGCCUUGACGUGUCAUUUUCAGCCCCCUAGAAUAAACUUUACUGGGUAACCUGAGCAGUGUGACACCCCAAUAUCACAAGCACUGUCCCCGACCUCCAUGUGACCCCGAGGUGAGUCCAAUUUCACCCACCCGCUGCCAUUUCUCCAGAGGAGAGGAGCUUUUUGACUACCUUAGCAAGCUCUGCCAUAAAUAUUGAUAGGUCUUUCCCUGAGUUUUAAACUCUGCCUCCUUGGAGUUCCUCAAAAUGCUCUUUCACUGCCCAACAUUGUCCCCAGCACAUCUUAUACCCUCCUUUCCCCGUCGGGUUGUCCGAUACAUUCAUCAGACGUCCUUUGCCCCCAACCUAGUUCCUUGAAUUCCUCUCAUACCGGGGGUUUGGCUUAUGCGACAGCUGCAACCCUUCUGGCCACCCGGUACCUGUCUGUUGUGGGCAGAGACCCCAGGGCCAGCCAAGCUGAAAAGCCUCCUUCUUCACCGUGAAAACCAUUAUCGACUGACGAUGGACGCUUUGGACAUGUUUCGAUUCCAUGUCUCCCUCCUCCCCUGAAAUUCACGGGAAGUUCUUUUGCAGGGAUAGAUCCUCAGCCAGUCGUUCCCAGUUCACCCUCACUACUGUACUGGGUUCAACAAGUGCUUCUGGCUGCCGCCAUGUGAGACAACUCAACGGCACGACACAAAUGGUCUUAUGGUGAACCAUGAAGUCACUUACAUUCGGCAAAGACUUUCUGUUUCCUGUUACAUGCAUGAACCGGCCAGUGCUCAUGAUAUUUGUUACAGUAGCGCCGAGUGUGAAAAGUGGUCUGUGGAAGGUUCCCUUUUCAGAACGGCAGCAACCUUAAAUUAGUAUCUUCAUGACCAUGGGUUUGCCGUAAAUGCCACCGGAACCUGCCGUUCUGAAAGAGGAACCUUCCACCGACCACUUUUCGCACUCGGCAUCACCCGUCUGUUAUGGACGACUACAACCUUCUCCAGGAGCUUGGGUCCAAGUACCAACUAGAUUCAGUUGGUACUUCUCUCCCAGCUGUUGUCCCUUCCCAGCCAGAGAGCUAACAUGCCAGGGUCCAGGGUCCAGGGGUCAGCACACUUAGGCCCACGUUUUUGCCUGCUGCACGGUUCCCAAUGCGCCCAACCACAAAGCCUACCCCUGUGAGUGGUGGGCCGACGUGGGGGCGGCUCCAUAAAGACUGUGUCCAAACCCAAUGUGUGUCAAUGGCCGGCCACCAGAAGCUUGACGGUGAGCUCCCCUUUGUGGCUGAUUAUAACAGUCAGUGAAUUACUUUUGGCCUGGCCCCUUUGGGUAGAGGUCAACCACCAUUUUCUUCUAAUUAAACUGACUAGCUGUCCUGUCCUCAUAGUGGGGUUGCCAGGUUUAAACACUGUCCUAGCUCUACACAAAAUGACCCUUAUGUGACUUGGUGACUAGCUUACUCACUAAAAAGAAACCACACAGGUAAAGUGGGUUACCGGUUAUCUUCCCUGCCUCUAACAGACAGGGAACAGGCUAUCCUGUGCCAUCCUAUUACAUUUUUAAAAGUAUUUAAAGUACGGCCUGUUUUUUACAUGAGGGUGAACUUAUCUGUUCGGAAAAUGAAGGGAACAAACCCAUCCCUCAUUUGACAACUGCCUUCUUAAUGAGGUUUGAAUAUGGCCAAAUGUUUUAAUUGAUUUUUUGUUGAAUCACAGUGAAUGAUAAGCCCUAAGUAUGUAUGCGUGUGCAAGUGUUGUGUGUUUGUGAGAUUGUCUUUGUUUUAUGUAAGAGAUGGUUGUAGAUAGACCCAGCAAAUCAACAGAUUAGCAUGCAGACAUAGGGUCUUCACUCUCUUCAACUUGAAUUUACUAAAAUAUGAGAAUAUACAAGAAAAAACAUACUGAAUUUACAGAAAAUAAGUGUUACAGUGUUAAGCUUUAAAAAUCCACUAAGAAAAAAAGAUUGAGCUCUUUUAAUCCAUUUUUCUGAUUGUUUUUUCUACUUGGUUCUUACUAAUGAUGAUUUGGUAGUCGCUGUCGAUGCUGUUCGUCUAAUGUAAAGAAAAUGACAAUGAAGAAGAGGGGCGAGAGAGCUGCUGUGAAACCGCUCUUCACCUCGACGUCGACCUUCUAGGUUUUUUCAGUUGUAUCUUAAUGUCCCCUGUCACUCACACUGCGCGAGGGAAGACUCUGGAAGUGUAACGGCCGUUGGUUUAAUAAAUGAUUCAAAUGUCUACAAAACUAACGCUGUGUUUGUAUUUUCCAACUGAGCCACUAUACUGAUAAAAACAUACAUCACAACAUGCGCCGAACACAUCAAUGUGUCCCUGACAGGUAGUGGUGAAAUAUGUCUCUAGGCGAAUGCGGUCAGGUUCAGUGGAUCGGAGGAAUGCAGAGGCAAUAUCACCGUCAAAUUAAUAGGUAAUCGGGUAGGACAGCAAUAGUGUUGUAGGGCUGACCACCGGUUAGCCAAUGUUUUGGACUGUUGUGAGCCUUUGGACCAUAAAGGAGAGCGGUUUCCCCUGUCGGAGGGUGCUGCUGUAGACUGUUGCUGACUGUUUCUUUGUCCGGACUCUGCCGGCCGUCCAUUGCCCAUCUUCCCCUCAUCUUCCCCUUUGAAUCUUGCACGGGAUUUGUGAGUACCGACUAUUUUGCACGUGCCUUUUUGUUUGCCACUUCACUUGUUCGUACAAGCAGCAAUCGACUUUUAGGGCCUCUACACUCCCAAGCCACGACCCAGGCCUGCCACAAGGGUUUUGUUUGUCAUGUGUGUGAGAAAGUGGGGGACAUAUUAUAUUAAUGUUCACGUGUAAUAAAUGCCAAACUGUUUUGGUUCCAUGCCUUUGA